AUGUGGCUUCUCACGGUCUUCAUGGGCAACAUAAUCGACAUGGCGGUUAGUGGCACCCACAUCAUACCGGAACCAGCGAUGGAGUUUUUCUUCUAUGCGCUGCUCAUGAUACUCACAAUGGCAAUAUUUAUUAUUUUAGCGGCUCGCUACAAAUAUGUGGAGAACGUGGAGCAGUCACAGACGUUACAAGACAAGGAACGAAUAAACUCGGAUGACACCAGCUGCUGA